AAUAGUCUGGCGCCACAGAGCAGCCGAGGAAUGGUGCUGCCAACGCUCAGCUGACCUGUGCUCAUUAAUUGAUGUCGCCACCAUCUCGCCGGUCGCCAGCUCAGCUGGCAACCGUGUGCGUUUAAAUCUCGCAGGGGAGCGAACAGCGCUUUGUUGGGAGUUGACCAGGUAUCCCGCGAUUCUCGCUGGAGUCGAACCAGCGCCGUCGAUGACGCGUCCCAGCCGCCGCGCUAGAGCCGAGGGCGAUGUGAAAACCAGUGGUGUUCGGGUCGGGCCUGAAUUCCAGGCUGAAAUUCCAGCUCUUGUCCCGUACACUAAUGGUUCGGAAAUCCACAAAGCGGAUCUACUCUUUGAACCCGACUACUCUAGUGAUGAUUUUAAACCGGAAGUUAAAAAAUUUCUUGGGAAUCCUCAUGUUCGGUGGACUAAUGACGAAAAAGUUCUCUUCAAAAAAUGUUUUUCAAAACACAAAAAAAAAUUCCAUCGUUACAAGGACCUGUUGCCAAAUAAAAGUAUUGUCCAACUCUUAGAUUUUUACUAUUCAACUAAAAUUCGCGAAACACCCGACCCGCCGCUGAGUCAGGACCCGGACUAUAAUCCUGUGGGCAGAGGCAGUCCAAAGAAAAAUGGCCGCAGUAUUAAGAGCAGACCCAUCAUUACAAGGGUUGGUAGGAUCUUAUUUAGCCGGCGAAUUGAUCCACCUCAAAGUGGUGACAGAUUUCGUUUUACGUUAAACGAACUAGAGCAAGUUAUUGAAAAUGAUACGGUUUCAAAGCAACUUGCUGAGCUCCAAGAGACCUCAGCGAGACUUAGUGAGGAACUCGUGCACAAUAGAGUUGACAGCAAGGACCACAAACAGGUGGAAAUGUACCGUAGACUGUGCAAUAGCAGUCUUGCAGCCAAUAAAUGCGCGACGGGUACGCCGUGGACAGAUAGCGAGCUUAUACUUGCGGUGCAUUCGAUUCGCGUCUACGGCAAAGAUUUUAAGGCGGUAGCUCGCUUAAUUGGCAAUAAAACAGAGGCACAAGUGAGACUCUUCUUCACCAAUUACAGGGAACGCUACAAUCUGGAACUGAUGGUUCGUCAGUUUGAGGAAGAUCGCAGAAACGGCCUAAUUUCUCGAGAAGGUUUUGCGCUUCUUCCAAGUCAGUCACCCGACAGCAUAAGUCCCACCGGAAGUCCAGUCAAAAAGAUUAUUCGGUCACCUCUGAAAAAACCGAGUAUAUUGUCUCGUCGUAAAGUCUAGAUUAAAUAUAUUUUUACACUCUAGAUCAGUGGCUGCUAAGACUAUUUCAGUUUUUCUUUUGCGUUUCUAAACACACAUCGACCGUUUUACCAUGCUGCGACUUUUGAACGAUAUAAUUAUGGUCAAUUUAAACUUAUAACUGAGAUUUGUAUCCCUCGAGGCUGUCGCCGGCAUUAUUUGUAUCCCUCGAGGCUGUCGCCGGCAUUUAACUGUCAUUAAACUUAGAUAGCAUUUGUCGCCUGGCCUUGAUUAGCAUUUGUCGCCUGGCCUUGAUACGGAAAAAUGCCAUAGUCUUCAAGGAAAUAUGGUUGACGUAGAUAUUCAGCUUCUCUGCUCAACUUUAGGUACGUGUACAGGGGUUUGGACAAGAAACGCUUCAUACAUGAGCCAACAAGGGUAUUAUCAACGACAAAAUAACAGAUAGAGUCUGUAGUUUAUGAAGAAAGAAAAAAUCGUAAU